GACACCAGAGGCAGGAAGUAACAUUUGCCAAGCACACGGUGGUCACCACACAGACUCUGCCAUCUCUCUGGGGCCAUGAGGGGCCUUCUGACCACGCGGGAGCAAAAUGGCUGGAGGGAGCUUAUUAACAAGGAGGCCUCCUGCAGGGUCAGCUGGAAGGCAAAAUACGGGUACAAAUACCCCGGGCGGGUGACUGACUAUGGGGUGGCCAAGAGGAAGUGUUUCUUGCCUGCCAUCUGCCCUCCUGAGAAGAGUGCAAGCUCCCUCCGGUGUCAAGAAGUAACUGUGCAAAAAGAGGACAGGCGGCCCCUGUCGGGCAAGGAGGAGAAGCAGGAGGAGGAAGGCCCAAGCCUUCAGGAGCCUCUUCCCGAGAUGAGAGUUCCCACACCACAGACAACUCAGCUGCUAUACCAGGGCUUCUCCCAUGAAGGCAAAGGGAGGCACCACUACCUCAAGCAGAGGAAGAUGAAGAGCCCUGAGGAGAAAUUCUGCUACCCAGUGCUGUCGUCGUGGGAAUACGGCUGGCGCUUAGGAGACGUGGUUAAGGACAUGAGGACACCAAUUCAUGGCAAAUCCCGAAUUGUAAAGGAUACUUUCUACUUCAAAAACGGAAUCUUCUAUCAUCCAUCAAAAACUGACAAGCUGUCAUGAAUAUUAUUGCUAAGUGACAUGUGGAAAUGUUUGUGCAAUGUUGCCUAGCAUGGGUAUUUGUUGUGGUAUUGGAUCAGACAACCCUCUAUAAUUACUUCCCUCCAUAAUUACUCUUUCAGAUUUAGAACUUGCUUCUAGCCUUCCUUUCCCUGUAGCAUGUAGCACUGCUUCUUGUGUAAUAGAUGCACAGCACCUAUCAUUCUGGCAGAGUAACUUACUGGGUUCUGUGUCAAGGAUGUGGAUACAACCUUGCAUACAUUUGGGACCAGAGUCUGAUUUAGAGCCAAUUAAUUCAUAUGGCUCUUGUGAUGUUUCUUGUGAUAGUUUCCUUUUGUGGUGACACUUUGAAAGAAGACCUGCCGUAGGCUGAUUUUUUUUUAAAAGCACCUAUCACAGUUUAUACUAAGAUGAAGUUAGAGAACUGCUUUGAAAUUCAAAAAGGGUGCAGGUCUGUAACAAAAACUUUUGUGACAAAGUAUUCCCAGUUCUCCAGGUAGUGGAUCUAUGAAAGACCUUUGACUGAGGCCUUGGAGGGCAACUGGCAGUCAGAGUAAACAGUAUAGGAGUAGAUGGACCAAGUCUGCUCCAUUAGUGAUUGGGUACAUUAUCGUAUUCUUCCCUGGAGGUUGUGUGAGCUGUUGUAUUGGUUCUUAGUCAUGGGGUGGAGUACCACAAUGACUUUACUAUUUUCACUCAUGGGAGCGAACCCAUCAUUCACUUGUAUAAUAAAGGUAGACUAUGAGGAAUUUAUAGCUGCAAUUAUGUGUAUGUCAGACAUGGGUAUGCUGAUCAGCUGAUCAGUCAUGGAGACAACGAACUCAUGGUGAGCAAAAAUUCACAGGACACAGCCCUCGGAGAUGGGCAGCUCUGUGGCUUUUGCUAUUUUUCCUAGACGUCUUCAGGCAUGGAUGUGACUGACUUGUGAGAGUACCCUGGUUUCUUUAAAAGAUCGUGUGAGAAAGCCAUGCUUUGCUGUGUGUCAUAUGCACAGCAAAGCUCACAUUGAGCAGGAAAUUGAUCCAUGAGCCAAGGUUGCUGCCUGCAGGGGACAGAGGCCCCCAAGUGAGGUGAACCUGGGGCUACAAGAAUUCCCUUGUUUUUCUAACAGUUAUUUUCAGAUAUGUGAUUCCCCACUCCAUAGAAUAGUCGUGACCGCCUCAGAAUGCCCCUUGUUUCGAAAGCUUUUUGCUGACAGGCCUCCAUUGCUCCCAACUGCUGCGUUACAGACAGGAGAGUGAACAAAAGCUCUGUUGUUACUCGCAGCUCAAACAAGCCUGGCUGAAAAACAUGAGAUUUAAAAUUAAAAUGGGGGUUUGUGUGGGUGCUCAUGCUCAUUUUAAGGGUGCAUAUAAGGCAGGCAUGCUUUUCAAGGUUGUCUCCACAACUAUGACAUACAAGUAUUUUAUAUGAAAAUUGAGAUACCCGAAAAAUUGAAGGUGCCCCAUGGAGCCAAGACAAACUGUGCUGCUGCAACUCACAGCUUGUGUUACCCUCAUUCUGUAUACACUCAUACAACGGACUUUGUAACUUCAGCUACUCUCCCUAUUUGAUCCGGAACCAGGGUGGUGAUAAUUUUUCUUUCUUUCUUGGCUUUGUUUGCUUGAGAAGUCGAAGAGAUCCAGUGACUCACUGCUCCACAGAGACCACUUGACUAGAACAAAAUAGCAUAAAACAAGAGAGCUGCAAAAUAAAUUUAGUGAAUGGAACCAUAAAUUUAUGUGUGCUAAUGUAUCUAAAAGGUGGCUCUUUUUCAAGUAUAUGUGAAUAAUUUCA